CGUGCUGUCCCCCCACGGACAGUAAUUGGCGAGCGAGGUUUGUGUGGAGGCUGAUCGUUCGAACAUGGCAGCGAUGAUCUCGGGGCUCGAUUCGCGUGACGGUCGCCUGUGACUUCGGACGCCGAUGAAACGACAAUAUGAACGGUAGGCCGGCGCGGCGGAGUGACUCGGGCGCGCUGACACGACGACAGGGAAUAAAGGCGGCGGGGUUGCCGCGGACGAGCUUCCUGCAGAUCAUGACCAUUUAAUGAAAAGUGAGGAUAAUGGAUGGCACACGAGCGGCAGAAGUAUUGCCAUUGUUGCAAGAACGUUUGGCGAUACUACCGGGUGGACGGGAUCGUAGGGGGGGACCUGUGCUUCUGUUUCCGAGCACGCCGAGACGCGAGCGCGCGAAACCUGAGGAUUACAGACGUCUCCUGCAGUAUCUGUUCGCCAUCCCGAGCGAUGAAGCCAGGGGUCUGCGAUUUACCGUGAUUGUGGAUAUGCGUGGUACAACGUGGGAUUCGGUCAAGCCUAUUUUAAAGGUGUUACACGAGCAUUUUCAUCGUACAGUUCACGUAGCUUUUCUUAUCAAACCGGAGAAUUUUUGGCAGAAACAGAGAACUUCGUUGGGCAAGCAAAAGAAAUAUAACUUUGAGAUUAAUACGAUUAGCUUAGAAGCUCUUGUAAAGGUCAUAGAUCCCUCUCAGCUCACUGCAGAUUUAGAUGGCUCCUUACAAUACGAUCAUGCCCAGUGGAUCGAUACUAGAUUAGUUGUAGAAGACUUUACGUGGCAGGCAGCGGAUCUUCUCGAUCGAUUGGACGACUUGCAAGAAGAUCUUAGUCGAAAUGACUUUGCUGACGACGUUGCGGGAGCUAAGCAUGGAAUUGAUCUGCAUAAUGAGAUGAAAAAGAAAAUUAUGAAAGUUCCAGUGGAAGAUAUCGAAGUUGUUGGACAGCGCCUGCUUCAACGAUUUAACAAUAGUACGACAGCGACGGGUGGGGAAGGAGGAAGUAUUGACAAUGGGGCGGCGAGCUGCGCAGAUUCCGAUGGACGAGCACGGAUGGCUACUCUAGUUAUUCAGCAUUUGGAUUCCGUGCACGCCGCGCAACAGCAUCUGCUACAGUUGUGGCACAUCAAGAAGAUGAAAUUGGACCAAUGUUUUCAACUGCGAUUGUUCGAGCAGGAUUGCGAAAAGAUGUUCGAUUGGAUUUGCCACAACCGAGAAGCGUUUCUCGCCAGUUACGUAGAAAUCGGCCGCUCGUAUCAAUUAGCGAAAAAUCUGCAGGAGGAACAUAAACAUUUCACAAUGAGUUCAAUGAACGUUUAUGUGAACAUAAAUAAAAUCCUCACAAUGGCUGGCAAGUUGUUGGAGACGCAGCAUUACGCGGCCGGGCAUGUACGAGCAGUAGCGGGACGUCUGGAUCGAGCUUGGAAGGAGUUUGCUGCGGGUCUCGACGAGCGUACCGCGGUACUUAGUUUAAGUGUAGUGUUUCAUCAUAAAGCAGAACAAUAUGUUGACAACGUGGCUGGCUGGAGUCAGGCAUGCGAGAUUAGUAAUUUGCCCAGUGAAAUUCCAGUGCUCGAAUCUCACAUUCGCCAACAUCAAACACUUUACGAAGCGAUGUGUCAGGCGUAUACGGAGGUGCAUAGUACCAGUAAGAAGCUUCUUUAUCAACUGGAUCAUCUUGUGCAAGUCUGUAAUCAACCACAAGGAAUUGACCAUGUCGCCAGAAAACAUAGUCAAGAUGGACACAACAUCGACAGUCAUACCGGAACAAGUGGUAAUCCAGCAGCCGAUUAUAGCGAGGGUGCAUCCCAUGUGUUAGCCGUCAUUCAUCAGAUUCUUGGUCAUCAUAGAGCAUUGGAAGCUCGUUGGCACGCUCGCAAAGUCAAGUUGCAUCAACGGCUUGCAUUAAAAUUGUUUCAAGAGGAUGUGAAACAAGUUCUCGAUUGGUUGACGAAUCACGGUGAAGUCUUCAUUAGGAAAAACACGGGUGUAGGUCGUAAUUUGCAGAAAGCACGUGUCUAUCAAAAAAGCCAUGAACAUUUUGAAAAUGUUGCUCAGAAUACAUACACGAAUGCGACCAAACUUCUGACAGCUGCCGAAGAACUUGCUCACACGGGAGAAUGCGCGCCUGAUGAAAUAUACGCGGUAGCGCAGGAGUUGGAAGCUCACGUUAGUAGUUUUGCAGCGAGAGUUGAGCAACGGCGUCGUAGAUUAGAUCUGGCAGUAGUGUUUUAUACUCAUGAAAAGGAGCUCACCGGAUGGGUAGACGAGCUACGUCAAGAAUUGCAGCAGGAUGAGGUCGCGGAAAAUCUGGAGACGGCGGAAAGGUUACUGGAACAAUGCGCGCAGCAUAGGUCGUCUUGUCUCGAGGCAUGCGCUUCGACGAUAGCUCAGGGCGAAGCUCUACUGCAAGAACUUCGCGAGGCGACCGACGCGCCCGACACAACUGGCUCGAUAUCGGCGGUGGAAUCGGCCUUGGACAGAUUAGCUACCUUGAGACAGGAAUUGGAAGACUUGUGGGCGACCAAGAAGCUGAGAUUAGAACUGUGUUUACGAUUGCGUGUCUUUGAGCGCGACGCGCUGGAGGCGAGUGGUCAGCUGGAGAUGUGGGCGCAGGAGCUGCAGGGUCCGCCGCGUGAAGGUUCUCCCGAGCAAUUGCUGCGCGUGCAUAAUGACGGGGUUGCUCAUAUGCAGAAUACCGCAUUCCAAAUUCUGCACCGUGGCCAGGAAUUGGCGCAAGUCUUAGAAGAGGCAGGAGUGUGUAUUAUGGCGGACGGUCAGCAUAGCGCGGCGGCACGGGUGCAGGUGCUUCUCGAGUUUCUUAAUGAGCGAGAAUUGGACGCGGAGGACCUCGCUGAGAUGCGUAGGGUACGGCUGGAGCAAGCCUCUCAAUUAUUGCAGUUACAGACGGACGCUUCUCAUGUGAUCAAGUGGAUACGUAAUGGUGAGUCGAUAUUGCUGGCUUCGCUGAGGAUACCGGAUGAUUUCGAAGACGCCGAUCAAUUAGGGAAGGAACAUUAUCAUUUUCAACUCGCGAUAACAAAUACUCACGCAUCCGCCGUACAAGUGAAACACAAAGCAGACGCGUUGAUAAGUGGAAAUCAUUAUGAUCCUAAAAGCAUUAGAGAAGUGGCGGAGGACGUUACGAAACGAUGGCAGCAAUUAGUGACCUGUGCGGAGGAACGACAUAAAUUAAUUACCGCCAGUUUUAAUUUUUAUAAAACAGUGGACUCGGUACGUUCAGUUCUCGACAGUUUAGAAAUACAAUACAACGUGGAUGACGACUGGUGUGCCGACGGAGAAAAGGCUGCCGGAAUACCAGCGAACAUUACCAGACAUCAGGAACAAAAAGAAGCCUUCCUAAAAGCGUGUACGUUGGUACGACGUACCGGGGAAACGUUCUUAAAAUAUAUCAAUCGUAGUCUACAAUUUUAUAGCUAUCAUGCCAACAGCGCCGGUUCCGCAAACAAAGUCAAGAAUAUUUUAGAGGAAUUAGUCAGUAAGGAGAACAAAGUACUCGAGUAUUGGACGCAGCGAAAGAAACGCUUAGAUCAAUGUCAUCAAUAUGUUCUGUUUGAACGUAGUGCGAAACAAGCUCUCGAGUGGAUAAAGGAAACUGGAGAGUUGUAUUUAGCGACGCAUACGAACGUUGGUAAAAAUCGUAUUGAAAAUGAACAAUUGUUGCAAGAGCACAUCGAGUUUAAAGGCGCAGCGAAGGAAACGAGAGAAAGAGUAAAAUUGUUGAUUCAGCUCGCUGACAAUCUGGUCGAGAGAGGUCACGCUCAUGCCGCGGCAAUCAAGCAGGCUGUUGCCGAGGUCGAUCAGCGAUACAAGGACUUUAGCGCGCGAAUGGAUUGCUACAAAACGCAAAUCGAAGGCGAUCUGGGUAUUCAACCCGACGAGGUACACAGAGAUCUCUCAAUCGAUCGGAAUUCGGAUCCAUUGCUGGAAGAGAAGAUCAAGGGUAAAGAUCUGAAAGAAUUGAACGAAGAGAAAAGAAGAUCUGCACGAAGAAAAGAGUUUAUUAUGGCUGAACUUCUGCAAACUGAACGUACAUAUGUAAAAGACUUGGAAACCUGCAUUCGUUGCUUCUUGGACGAGACGCGAUGCGGAAAGGGAAAUGUUCCGGCCGGUUUGCAAAAUCGGGAAUCGAUCAUUUUUAGUAAUAUAGAGGAGAUACAUCAGUUUCACAGUAACGUGUUUCUACGAGAGUUAGAAAAAUACGAGACCAUGCCGGAAGACGUAGGACAUUGUUUUGUAGUAUGGGCACCUAAAUUCGACAUGUACGUAACUUACUGUAAGAAUAAACCUGAGAGCAAUCAACUGUUAAUAACGCACGGUGGAACAUGGUUUGAGGAAUUGCAGAGAAAGCAUAGAGUAGAACAUCCAAUCGCUGCAUAUCUAAUCAAACCUGUACAGAGAAUUACUAAGUAUCAACUGCUACUUAAAGACUUACAGGCUUGCUGCCAAGAAGGACAGGGCGAAAUAAAAGAGGGAUUAGAAGUGAUGUUAAAUGUGCCUAAAAAAGCUAACGAUGCCUUACAUUUAAGUCUACUGGAAGGUUGCGACGUUAGUAUAGAUGCACUUGGUGAUGUUGUAUUGCAAGAUUCGUUCACAGUAUGGGACCCAAAACAAUUGAUCAGGAAAGGGAGAGAUCGUCACAUAUUUCUAUUCGAAUUGUAUCUUCUCUUUACUAAGGAAGUGAAGGAUUCCGCAGGAAAGGUAAAAUACGUUUAUAAAAAUCGCUUGUUGACUUCCGAGUUGGGUGUGACCGAGCAUAUCGAAGGCGACGAAUGCAAAUUUGCGGUAUGGACAGGACGGGCACCGACUAGCGAUACGCGCGUGGUGCUGCGGGCGAACUCAAUGGACGCGAAGCAGUUGUGGGUGAUGCGGUUACGCGAAGUGAUUCAAGAGACAUUCUUGGGUAAGAAUAUGCCUAAGAGCCCUGCCAAAAAGAGCUCCAGUCAACGUUCCAGUAGAGAUCUGGAAGAAUGCGCAUCCUUGGACGAAAGUGUGGAGAAUCUCGAUAGGAAUUCCUUAGCUUCCUUCGGUUCAACUAAUACUACGGAUUCUGAUAAGACUGGAGUCGUCGAAAUGACGUGGGUGGUCGCCGAUCAUAUGGCCGCCCCGGGCUCGAGGGAGCUCAGCGUGACGAAGGGGCAGCAGGUCGAAGUAUUGGAGAACACCAGCGGCACGACCAACGUCGGCGAAUGGACUCUAGUGCGUUUGCCGCUCACCCCCGGGCAGGCUGAACCGGCCGCGGAGGGCCUGGUGCCCACCAGCGCCCUGAAACAGCCGCCGACCGCUUCCUGCAAAACUUCACCGUCCAGAAAAGCGUCCACGCAACAGCAGCAGCAACAACAGCAACAGUCGCACCAGCAUCAUCAUCAACAGCCGCAGCAGUCGCAUCAUCAUCCGUACCAUCAGCAGCAAAUCAAUCAAGCAAUUGUCCAAGCGCAGCAGCAAACUGCCGUCACGUCGACCACCACCAAUACGUUGCCGCCUGCCGUAACCGGAAUCGCACCGGCGACGCAGCAGGCAUCCUCGUUAACCGUGUUGUCGUCCGCGGUGCUGUCACCGAUGCUAUCGGAGGACGCGGAAACCGCCGGAAGCGAUGGUAGCGGAUCGGCUAGUACAAAUUCACCUGGCAACAAGAGACGAGGUUUCAGCGGACGGAAGUGGCUCCCACCUUCUUUACGCAAACUUAGUCAAGGUAAAGUCGAGAAAACCAAUACAGCCGCGCCAACGUCAUCGCCUCCUUUGAUUGGGCCGUCUUUGAAGAAAAGUAGCUCGGACAAACGCUUUAAAUUACCGAGCGGCGUCGAGCACAAUCGGCCCGGUAAGGCGAUGUUCGAGGCGGAGGCUGAGGUGCAAGAAGGCGAGGAGGUCAAUAAAGAGGAGGAGGGCGAGGAACAGCAGGAGGUCGAAGUAGAUGUAGAUGUGGAUGCGGACGUUACGGAAAGCGACGACACGGCGGUGACGAGUUUGCAGGAACAAAACGGUGGCGAAGACGCCGACGACGAUUUGGAACUUCCUCCUCCGAUGAAGCCUAUAACCGAACCGAUACUCGUAGCGACCGCGAAUGGUCCGUCGGGGUCUACGAUACCGAGUGAAUUGCCUGGAAAACGAUCGACCAGUUUGUCAGAACGUACGACGAAGAUUCUCGAUGGUGGUGCUACAACGGCUGAUCUCUCGGAAAUCGAGCAAAUCGUAAAGGAAAGAAUGGAGCAACAUACAGAAAAUCAGGAAAGGCAUAGUCUCAUGCGAACUCCUAACGGAAAAUCGUUGAGCAACGAGGAAGAGUAUUGUAACGCGACUAUUAACGCGGUCACUUCCGAGGAAGCGGACCCGGAGAGUACUGCGAUUGCCAAGCGGCAGUUCGUUAUACGCGAGCUGGUGGACACCGAGAGAGAUUACGUCAAUGACUUAAAACAGAUAGUUGAAGGUUACAUGGCACUAAUGCGAAAUCCCGAGUGCGAAAUCCCUAUGCCGGAAGAUCUGCGCGCCGGAAAGGAUAAGAUGGUUUUCGGUAACGUAGAGGCUAUCUACGAGUGGCACAGAGACUUCUUCCUCAAAGCUCUGGAACGCUGUUUGGAACGUCCUGAAGAGCUCGGACCUCUCUUUAAACGUUACGAGCGAAAGCUGCACAUGUAUGUGGUUUAUUGUCAGAACAAGCCCGUUUCGGAAUACAUCGUGUCCGAGUACAUAGAUACUUACUUCGAGGAACUUAGGCAAAAACUUGGGCAUCGUUUGCAACUCUGCGACUUGCUGAUCAAGCCCGUACAAAGGAUUACAAAAUAUCAACUUCUUCUACGGGAGGCACUGCGCCUCACUGAACGAACUCAAAGGUUAUCGGAAAUCGAAGGCCUCAGAGCGGCGGCUCAUGUCAUGCGAGUUAUUCCUAAAGCUGCAAACGAUAUGAUGGACGUUGGAAGAUUACAAGGUUUUGACGGUAAAAUAACGGCGCAAGGGAAACUCUUGUUACACGGCCCGCUUUUAGUAUCGGAAAUAUCAAAUGUAUCGACGAGAGGAAAGGAAUGGCAGGUCUUUCUUUUCGAACAGAAUAUUAUCUUUAGUGAAACCGUCGGCAAGAAAACGCAAUUCACCAAUCCUGUUUACAUAUAUAAAGCACACAUUCAGGUAAACAAAAUGAGUCUUGAAGAUUCGAACGACGAUCCAGAAAAGUUUAUCAUCCGAUCGACGGAUCCCCGAAACCCUGGAUUAGGAUUCUCUUGUAGCGUAGCUGAAGAAAGUAGUGGACCGCGCAGGCAGGAAUGGGUAGACACCAUCACCGCUAUCCUGCAGACACAGCGCGACUUUCUGAAGGCGAUACAAUCACCAAUUGCCUACCAGAAGGAACUUACCAAAGAUCCACUCCGUGUCACCACCGUCACCACCACCGCUACCACCACGUCCGAACCUGCGAUACGAGCAACCGUAUCGGUUCCUCCGACUCUGAUAGUCUCCGGAUCGACGAAUAAGGGUAACGACCAUAGAACGAAUCAGCAACCCUUGCAGCGUUCGCAUACCGGAGGAUUGGAAUGUACGCAACCGCGUACACCCAGCCCGACGAAGAGUAGGCUAACUUUCCUGGAGGGAUUUAAGAAUACUCUACGCACACGCUCGCCGAUUCGCAACAAUUCCAUCCCGGUCGUUCCAGGUGCACGUGUAAGAUUAGCCGCAGAUUGGGGAAAGUUACAUGCUGGAGACGAGCUCGUUGUUUCCCACCUUGACGGUCCAGGCUUGGUGGUGUCCCCUGUGAAUACCAAGGACGAGCUGUGGAUCCCAGCGAGUCUUAUUCCGAACUCAGCGAUUAGCCGAGCGUGGUCAUUUCGACCGCGAAAGAUCGAUCUCGCGAGAUGCCAUGCUGUUGAUCCUCGCGAGUCGACGACGGUGCCAGAGGAUAAAACACCGACUAUUCUGAACAGUCCGACUUCGAUUCGCGCGACCGUCGGAGAAAUCGUUAGGCUCUCUGUCGAGACGCAUAACGCGGACAAUGCGAUCGUCACCUGGAAAAAGGAGGGUGAGAAUCAGUGUAUAAGAGAGAGCGAUCGGUAUCAGUUUCAACGUAGCGCGGGUUUUGUGUACUUACAAAUCACCGGUUGUCGAGCUUCGGAUUCCGGGAUAUAUCACUGUCACCUGAAAAGUGGGAUGGGUUCUUGCUCUGCGGGAAUUUCUCUCUUCGUAGUAGGCGGGAAGAGCAGUACCUCGGCACGCAUUUUAGGAUCCUCAAAAGUGGAAAUUGAUUGGGACAGGCAGGAGAUCGGUGGCACGUCGUGUAGUAUAGAAUGUAGAACUUUACCAUCGCAGCAAUGGGUAUCGGUAUCGAAGCAAGUUAACGAGCCUCCCGUUCUAUUAGAUAUGUCGACGGAUGCUUCGUAUAGCUUUCGAGUAGUAGGCGAUGACGGAAGGACGUCCUCUCCAUCGAUCGUAGUGACUCUGUCGCGAUCAGACACAGGUAGUGGCGCGGAAUGGGAAGCUAAGCAAUUCGUGGGCAGGUACCUGGAACUAGACGAAUUGGGUAACGGUAGAUUUAGCACGGUCCGUCGCGCCAGAGACAAGGGCACCGGUCAAGAGGUGGCACUCAAACAAAUUCCGCGACACAAACAGUCAAGAUCGCUAACACGCGCAGAAUACGAUAUAUUGGCCUCUACCCAUCACGCCAACAUCGUCAGAGCGUUCGCUUUGUUUGAAAACGCGCCUCGCCCCGGCAUGGACACCAUCGUCCUGGAACUAGUCAGGGGUCCGACGCUAUUCGCAUAUCUGAGCGAGAAAAUGAGAUACACCGAGGCGACGGUGACGCGAUACAUCUGUCAGUUGUUAUCUGCACUGCGCUGGUUGCAUUGUCGCGGCCGAGCGCAUCUGGAUGUGAAACCGGAGAAUAUUCUUAUCGAUCAGGAAACUGAUCAAGUGAAAGUGAUAGAUCUAGGAGAAACUGUCAGAGCUCCGAUCGACGAGAUUGUGCCGCCUCCUGCAGAUUUGGAAUUUGCAGCACCAGAGUCAGUGCUAGGUAGACCGACUGGUCCCUAUACAGAUAUGUGGGCUGUCGGAGUUUUUAUUUAUGUUUUGUUAAGUGGAUUGUCACCGUUUUUGGAUGACUCUGUGGAGGAAACCACCGCCAAUAUUCUCAAGUGCGAUUUUUGUUUUCCCGACGAAUAUUUCGAGACGAUAUCCAGCGAUGCGAAGGAACUUCUCGGGAGAUUAUUGUGCCUGUGUGGUGAGGAUCGAGUGAAUGCAGAGAUCUGUCUUGGUUCGCCAUGGUUAAAGAUAUCGACUGGCGCAACCAUACCGUCCACUAGAAUGGCCGCAUUUAUAGAACGUCGUGCACACUGUCUUAAAUUGCGUCAAGAUCAUAAUGACAGUUUUUAUUCUUAAGAUUAACAAUAUGCACUAAGCAUGUUACUUAAAAAAAAAACAUGACAAAUUUAUAUAUGUAAAUAGCAGAAUAUACUUAAAUGUUUAACUGUU